AUGUCGACUCCAACAGAAACGAACAAAACCACGACAGAGUCCGGCGCGGAAUCGCCCACGACAGCCAGACCACUCGAAAUGGACGACGACGAUGUGCAAGACACCAGCGUCAUCGCUGACGAUGCCGCAGGGGCCAAAGCCAACACCGCUGCCAACACCACCACAUCAGAGACACCUGCAGCGGCGACCCCUGGUGCCGAGCCAACAACACAACAAUCAUCAACAGAAGCUGCACCACCAAAGCCUCCUCGACCCUUGACCGAAGCUCAGAAGAACGAGAUGAUCUUGAAAGAAGCGUUUCCGACUGUAGAUGACAAUGUCAUCAAAGCUGUACUUAGAGCUAGCGGUGGCAAAGUCGAACCAGCUUUCAAUGCGUUGUUGGAAAUGACCGAUCCCGAUGCUGUCAAGAACGAACCCGAGGCAGUGCCACCGCCGCAACCCCCUCGCCCGGAAGGCCGAGCCCAAAUGUCCCAAGUUGAGGCAGAUGAGCUCUACGCCCGCCAGUUAGCUGAGCACUAUGAUAAUGUCGGCGCAUACGAGGCUCGCACGUCGAGCCGCAGCCGCGAUGCCGGACAAAACCAAGGCCUCGGUGGCGAUGAACGGGAGCAUAGUUUCAUGGACGACGACUUCCCUGUAAUCCGCGAGAAUUUGCGCAAAGGAUUUCUCGAUACGCAAACCAAAGUCAAUGGAUGGAUUACGGGCCUGCGAAAGAAGAUUGAAGAGAGCUUUGAUGAGACCGAAGAGAAUACGCAACGACAGGGUCAACCUUUCCGUCGGCCAGGCGAAACCAGUCGCCGAAGUGGUGACUACGACCGUUAUGAUGCGGAUCCUCAAGUACUCAGCGACGACUUUGCAGGCAUCAGAUUGUCUGCGGACGGAUCCGCCGCUCAAGGUAGACCAAUGGUCAACUCGGGCAUUCAUAGACCCCCUCCACCGUCGAGCUCACCGAGACCCGGUAAUGGCCGAAGAGUAGGAUUCAAAGAGGAAACGGAGGAGAUCAACAUGUACGACGCUUCGCCUACGGUUCCUCCGAAGGAUACACCUCCUAGUUCAGGCACAAAGGCGAGCAAGUGGCAGCCCCUGUCUGCGGUCGAACCGAGCCCCAUCACGGACAAUGAUCCCUUCAGCCUAGGUGAUAGCGAGGAUGAAAAGGAAGCGAGUAAGGAGAAGCCUAAGGAUUCCAAGCUUGAUGACAAUGAACGUCUCAAGAAGGCCGCAGCGGAGGCUAUGGCUGACAACUUGAUGGAGCCAUCAAAGGACGGAGCGUCGGCAGACAAGAAGAGCUAG